UUAUCGUUUGUCUAUACUAUAGUUUUCUGUCACACACGCAAUUUUUACAGUGCAUUUUCUAUACUUUCGCUUGGAAGUUACAAGCUUGAAUCAACACUAUUCUUUACAUGAGUUAGUAAACAUCGGCAGAGCUAUUCCAGUGAGCAAUCCAAGCUUCUCUCGUGGAUUUUUGUGAGUGUUUAUUGACCGAACUUUGUGUGCAUAUUCACCACGUGAGUUAAAACCAACUCGCCCCGCAUUCACGGCGCGGGCAGUUGCCCCGUUCGCGUUGCGUUGUGCAUGGACUCGGCCCAGUUUUGGCUGUUUGUAUACUUCACCAUGACGUGAGGGCAAACAACAAGAACACCUGAUAUAUGGCGAUUCCUGAUUCAUAACAUCGGCCAUAAUGGAGUGUCUCCACGCCAGAUGCUUUCCAACCACAGCCAUCGUCAUGAUCAUCAUGGUCUUCUUGCUGGUCUGUGUUGCUUGGUUCUCUCCUAUAUAUCGCGAUGAUUUCCGACCAGUUCCGAUAUACGGUCGAAAGGACUCUGUCGUAAGAACACACAGCGAUUCUGAAAAAGCGUCGAGCGGCAGUCUCGUCAUAACACCAGUUGACUCGACAGCAGCCAGCCACUCCAGUCAAGAUGGCGUCGCAAACCAACCACUGGACUACGAAAUCGUCAUCUCCCAGUACAACGAGAAUCUGAAUUGGAUGAAGCCAACUGCUGAUCAUAGUCACGUGUAUCACAAGGGGAAAGACAAGGGACCGCCUUUUGAUGUCUACAAGUGGGAAAAGUUACCAAACGUGGGUCGAGAAGCCCACACCUACCUGCACCAUAUCGUACACAAUUACGACAAACUCGCCAAUAUAACCGUCUUCCUACAAGGCACGGGGCCUGGUCGGGAGCAUAGUCAAUCGUGCUUUCCCACUGCGAUAGAGUUCGUUCAGCAAGCCAAGAAACACAAGUACUGCAAAAUCACGCAGCGUUACAAGAACGGCAACUGGGGGCGCAUCCGCCAUUUUGGCAAGUGGCUGAAAUCUCUUCAGAACGGCCAGAUGCGGAGAGCGAACCUGACUCUGGGCGAGUUCUACACGGCUUUGUUUGGUACCAAACCUCCCGACUUAGUGCCAGUAUGUUUUACAGGAUGUAUCUCUGCUUCCAGGGAAAACUUGAGACGGUUCCCAGUUAGUUUCUAUGAGAAAGCCAUUUCAUUUGUGAACGAUCAUUCGAACCCAGAGGAGGCCCAUUACUUUGAGAGACUUUGGGCAACCAUAAUCAAUGUCAAGAUUUGAAUCGGAGGCAAUUUCCAAGUGUUGCCUGUAAAGGUUUGCCAAACCUCGACUUUUUCUGCAAAAGCGGCUUUAGUUUGAAGUCAUCUGAGUACUUUGUAGUAGCUAAGCAUCGUUUCAGUCAAAGAUUAACUGCUUUAUCUCAGUAUUUGUUGUAGGGAAUUCCAAUACUGCCACGUACGUGGCGCAUGUGUAGCACUGUUGCUUGGGUCCUCUGCCACUUCCGCCGUGAACGGCGCAUAGUCGCGUCGUGCUGACGCAGAGUCGCGUCGUGACGUUGCCCAGUUGUGUCAUGCCAUAGCAUAGUCGCCUCCUGCCGUCGCGUAGUCGCGUCUUGCCGUUGCAUAGUUUUGUACUGUUUGUAUAGCGCCGUCGCAUAGUCGCGUCGUGGUGUCGCCUAGUCGCGUCGUGCCGUCGCAUUGUCGCUUCGUCGCAUUUUGGGUGAAGUGUCCAGUGUUUUGCCGGUGACUGCUUUAUGUUUCGACACCCCUAUAUUCCGACGACCCUAUGUUCCGACUACUCAACCCCUUGUUCCGACAUCCCUAUAUGUUCCGACAUCCCUAUGUUCCGACAACCUGCACAUAAGAUUGUGAGGUUUACCGGGUCAGGGUUAGGGUUAGGGUAAAAGAUUGGGAUAAGAAUAAUGCAGUCGGAACAUACGGGUGUCGGAACAUUAAUGUCGGAACAUGGAGGUCUCGAAGCAUUUGUUAAGUAGUCGUAACAUAGAGUUUUCGGAACAUAGGAAUGCCGGAACAUAGGUUUAGUUGUCGGAAUAUAGAGGUGUCGGCACAUAGCGGUGUCGGAACACAGAGGUGUCGGAACAUAGGAGUGUAACCAUUUUGCCAGUAGGUGGCGCAUCCGCUUCCGAGGCUAAGGUAUGAGGCGCCAUGUGUUAAUAAAUUAUUUAACAACAUUAUCAUAUAAUUCACUAUUUAUUAUAAUUCACUUUUUUCGACUUAUGUAUUUAUAUAUAAUUGAUUAGGUACAUAUGCAUUUCAUGUGGGACAAUUAUAAUCGUUUGUCAGUUUGCAAUAUUAUUCAUUUGCCGCUGCCACUGCAUUAUUUACAAUUUUUUUGUUAUGUUAUUUCAUUAUUAACAUUUUUUUGCCAUCUAAUUAUGUACAAAUAAUUGGUCAACGUAAUGUCAUUAUAACCGACACUUUUUUCUCAACAGCAUCAUUUACAAUUGUGUUUGGCAAAAUAUAAUUAUAUACUAUUGGAUGGCUUUGAGGGGGAUACAAGAAUAUAUUGCAUGAGCUAUGAAAAUAUGACAAUAAACCCUCUAGUCCAAUCGGAUGAAGGUUUAGGAUCAUA